AUGAAGGAAUAUUUGUCAAUGGAUACAAUUAUGGAUACGGAACUAAGUACUUCAUAUCCUGUGGAGUUUUUAAAUUCACUUGAACUAUCGGGUGUACCGUCACAUAAACUUCAAUUGAAACUAAAUGUACCAGUAAUGCUUAUGCGAAAUCUAGAUGCUCCUCGGCUAUGUAAUGGAACAAAGCUUCGGAUAACAAAAUUGGGACAGAACAUACUUGGUGCUACUAUUUUAACAGGUGUCGGUAAGGGAAAUAGUGUUAUAACACCUCGGAUACCAAUUAUUCCCACUGACCUUCCAUUCCAAUUUAAAAGGGUUUAG